AUGGAUUUUGAUGAUCCGGAGUUCCUACAAAAUCUUCGUGAAGCAUUAAGAAACAUCCAAGAAGGUGGAAAUCGAAGGAAACCCCGACGUGGUGAACAUAGGGUUGUGGAAGAAUUCAAGGUGUCUGAAUUGCCUGAAUUUGUUGGUGGAACUGAUCCUGAACGCUACUUGGAGUGGGAAAGGAAGAUUGAAAGAAUGUUCGAGUUCAAAGAAGUGGAUGAUGAACAAAGCUGCAAGUAUGCCAUUCUCAAGCUAAGUGGUGGUGCUUCAUUGUUGUUUGAAGGGCUUAAGGCCAAGAGAACCCGUGAAGGCAAAGAAAAAAUUUGUUCUUGGCUUUCUCUAAAACGAAAGCUAAGAAAGAGAUAUGUUCCUUCUACUCAUAGAAUUUCCACUUACAAGAAGAUUGCUGAUUUGAGGCAAGGAAAAAUGAGUGUUGGAGAAUACAUUGAUGAAUUUGAGAAGUUGUCCUUGAUGGGGGAUAUUGAAGAAAUUGAAGAACAAAAAAUGACUCGUUUUCUAAAAGGGUUGAACUACAACAUUGCCAAUGUUGUGGAGUUGUAUCCUUAUGCUGAUUUUGGAACUCUUUGUGGUUUGUGUUUGAAGUUGGAGGGGCAACCCAAAGCACGUUAUGGUGGGAGUUCAAGUUCAAGUCUCGAAAAUCCCAAGUCAAAGUCGUGGUCCAAGCCCGAGUCUAGCAAUAGACAAAAUUCUGUUUCUACUCCUUCUGGUUCUAGUAGUGUUCCGGUUGCUCCCAAACUUACUAGUGGUACCAAAGAAACUAGUUUGGCGAAAAUUAGAUGUUUCAAGUGUCAAGGUUUUGGUCAUUACCAAAAUGCUUGUCCAAACAAAAGGGUGGUGACUUUAAGGGAGGCCAUUGAAUGUCGUGAAGAGUUGGAGGAAGAAGAGAGGUUGGCGGGUAUUUUUUAUGAUACACAACAAGAAGAGGAAGAAGAGGAGGAAGUAGAGUAUGAAGCACCGGUGUAUGAUACAGUUUUGGUGCUUAGAACCCUUAAAACUCAAGGGGUUCAAACCGUGGUUGAUAUGGAUCAACGAGACCAAUUGUUUCACACCAGAUGUUUGGUUAGUGACAAGUGGUGUAGUUUGAUUAUUGAUGGUGGAAGUUGUACUAAUGUUGCUUCUAAUGAAAUGGUGACCAAAUUGGGUUUGUCUACUACAAACCACCCAAAACCAUAUGUUCUUCAUUGGUUGGAUGAUGGAAGCAAAAUAAAGGUGACAAAACAGGUUAGAGUUGGUCUAACUAUGGGGUCUUAUGAAGAUGAAGUGUUGUGUGAUGUUAUUCCUAUGGAUGCAUGUCAUAUUUUGUUGGGGCGUGCUUGGCAAUUUGAUAGGGACAUGUUACAUAGAGGGAGGAGCAAUGAAUAUGAGUUGAAACACAAUAAUAAAAAAAUUGUGUUAAAACCCAUGUCCCCAACGAUCAUAAGGUCCAUGAAUUCUAAACAAGUAAAAAAGCCUAAUCUUUCUAUGUUUGCUAGUGAAAGGGAGGUGGAGCAAGUUCUUGACAAAGGUGAUGUUAUGCUUGUGGCCAAAGAGCAUGCAAAGGUGGAGAAGAUGGUGCAUGGAGAAAACGCUAUUGCUGAUUUGCUUUUGGAGUUUCAAGAUGUGUUUCCAAGCGAAUUACCACCGGGUUUGCCUCCAAUCCGUGGUAUCGAACACCAAAUUGACCUUAUUCUGGGUGCUCCUUUGCCUAAUAAAGCUGCCUAUAGAUGUAAUCCGGAGGUCACAAAAGAGUUGCAAAAACAAAUUGAUGAACUCAUGAAAAUGGGUUAUGUUCGUGAAAGCCUAAGUCCUUGUGCUGUUCCAGUUUUGUUGGUUCCAAAAAAAGAUGGUUCUUGGAGGAUGUGUGUUGAUAGUAGGGCUGUUAAUAACAUCACCAUAAAAUACCGAUUUCCUAUUCCUAGAGUUGAUGAUUUGUUGGAUGAGUUGCAUGGUUCUAUUGUGUUCUCAAAAAUUGAUUUGAGAAGUGGUUACCAUCAAAUCCGUAUGCGUGAAGGGGAUGAAUGGAAAACAGCCUUUAAAACUAAACAUGGCUUGUUUGUGGUUGUGUACCUUGAUGAUAUCUUGGUUUUCGAGACGCUUAGAGCUCAAAAACUCUAUGGGAAGCAAGAAAAAUGUUCGUUUUUGGUGGAAGAAGUGGCAUUUUUGGGUUUUGUGGUGUCAAGAAAUGGCGUGUCUGUGGACCCAUCCAAAACUGAAGCAAUCAAGUCAUGGCCUAUUCCUACUAAUAUUUUUGAAGUUAGAUCAUUUCAUGGUCUUGCUUCUUUCUAUAGAAGAUUUGUUCGUGAUUUUAGCACCAUUGCAAGUCCCAUAACAGGUUGUUUGAAGAAAGGAGUCUUUGCAUGGGGAGAAGAAGCUCAAAAGGCGUUUGAGAAACUCAAGGCAUUGUUGUGUGAUGCUCCUAUUUUGGCUCUUCUUGAUUUUUCUCAACCAUUUGAAGUGGAGUGUGAUGCAAGUGGAGUUGGUAUUGGGGCUGCUUUGAUCCAAUCCAAACGUCCUAUUGCUUAUUUUUCUGAAAAGUUGGGUGGUGCUCGUUUGAAUUAUUGCACUUAUGAUAAGGAGUUUUAUGCUAUUGUCCGUGCUUUAGAUCAUUGGAGUCAUUAUUUGCGUGCAAAUCAUUUUAUUUUGCAUUCUGAUCAUGAAUCCUUAAAGUACAUCAAUGGGCAACAAAAGUUGAGCACAAGACAUGCAAAGUGGGUGGAGUUCUUGCAAUCCUUUCAUUUCUCAUGCAAAUACAAGGAUGGAAAAAGCAAUGUGGUGGCUGAUGCACUCUCGAGGCGUUACUCAUUGUUGGUGACUUUGGAUGUUCGUUUCUUGGGAUUUGAAACUCUAAAGGACCAUUAUCAAUCUGAUAUGGACUUUGGAGAUAUGUUUUUGAAAUGUGCAGGUGGUCCUAAUGGUGAAUUUGUGAUUCAAGAUGGCUUUCUAUUCAAAGGCAAUCGCCUUUGUGUCCUAAAACAUGCAAUACGGGAGUUGUUGAUUCGUGAAGCUCAUGGCGGUGGUUUGGCUGGUCAUUUUGGCAUUACCAAAACUUUGCAGAACAUUCACGAGGUCAAUCCAGCAUCUUCUUCUUUCUAUCAGCUCUUGUAUCCACCCUUUGUUGAUCCAUCUUAUAUCCUUUAUCAUCACAAUAUAACUCCUCAAAAUGAACCUCCUGCUAUACGCAAUCCCAAAUUCAACAAGCUUGACAAUCAGCAGCGAUAUGAUCAUCCUGCAGUCAAAAAACAAGAAACAGAGGGAACACCAAUACCAUCAUAA